GAUUGUCGCUUGCUGAACAAAUCGGAUAUUGUUCAGGUGAAACAGCCCUCAGGUGGUGGUCUACCUCAAAGAGUUCCGGAUUUUGUUCAAUCCACUCCACGUCCCAUCACAAUGGGAUUCCUCGCUUCUAAGUUACCAACAGCGGCCCACUCAAACGCAUCUACAAAUAUCAUCAAGAAGAAAAUCAUCUCUCUUGCACCAGAGAAUUCCCGAAUCCAUGCGAUAGUUGGACGCUGUUCAACAGAUGAUUUGGCUACUGCUGCAAUGUGCCAUUUGGAGUACCAUGUAUUUACCUUGAACGGAAAGACGGUUUCUUCACGUCGUUUGCCAGCCCUUGCUGGCAAAUCUGGAAUUCUCCUUGAUGGCGGUAGUGAAGAUUCCUCAUCCUACUCGAACAUCACACUUACUAAUCCUUCGGAGCGUCCUUUAUUGCUUCGUGAUUCGGCAGGAGUUGUAUUUCCCUUUUUGCCACCAUCUCGUCCUGGUCAGGAGUCUUGGGUCUUCCCUCCUUGGCUAGACCUACCUCCAGUUCAAUGUGCUGCACUUGCUUGGAUCAACACAUCAAGGAAUCCUUCCUCCGUUUCGUCGCAGGAUCGUAAAUCCAGUGUUAGCGAAGGGGAUACAAGAAAUACUGGUACUGGUAAUGCUUCUGCUGAUAAGAAAUCCUCCUCCGCUUCUACUCGUCCUCCAAAUGAUUCACGUCUGCUUUUCGGAGUUGUCGUUACGAGAGAAACCAGUCUUCUUCAGCACAUCAUUAGAACUGACGAGGCGAAAGUGGAGGAGACGCUUCGUUCACUUGCGGCGGCCGCACCAUCUCGACUUGAAACGGUCGCAUGCGAGAUGGCUGACGGACAUCGAACGAUUCUUCACAUGGCCGUGCUGAUGUGUGCACCGCUUGUACGUGAAACUGCGGAGAUGGCCAGUACUAUUGAGAACAUUCUCAAACGCACCAGUUCCGAUGGUUCUGCUGAUGGUAGUGGUUGGACAACAAUUCCACCUUCCUCCACUCAACAGCCAUCAAGCUCGCUUCCCAAAUCCAUUCAAUCCAUCCUCAAUCUGUAA